GAUGAAGUCAAACUGCAAAGGAAACAUCUUGACAAUGCCUGCUCCUGCUGCUGCUGCUCACUCGGACACCUAAAAACAAGCGGAUUCUUGCCUGUUGGAACAUUCUGUGCUCUUCGAGUCCUCUACGAGUCUUCAAGAGCGACUUGACUUGUGCCGACUUGGAGAAAUACUGUAAGUGUUUGGAAAAGACGAGGAGAUGACGAGCACGAGCAGUGGAGACGCGCGUGCGUGCGCAGGAAAAGAAAAUGCAAACGAAGCAAAAAACAAAGCGGAUUUUGACUUGGCAGCUGUUUACGUUUCGGAUGCUCAGUACAACAGGAACAUCUUCUUCGACACAUCGCCGCAGGCCGUCAGGUUGUAUCUGCUGUACAACCACAGACUUCCUCAGGUCCUCAUCUACUUCUUCAUCCUGCUCCAUUUGUCCUUGGCCAUCUGCGAGGAGCCCGCUGUCCUGCCACUGCCGCCAUGGGCGACCAUGUUGGUGGAGUUGCUGUGUUUGCACGUCUUCGCUCUGCGACUCGUACACUAUGCCAAGGUGAUCCCGCGAGACAAGUUCUGGAAGGACCCCAAAAACAUCUGCAUGAUCGUCAUCUUGGCGCUGACGUUGGUGGACAUGAUCAUCUACGGCGCGCUGCAUGCUGCCGGCUGCUACGCCGUCCGCUGGUCACGAGUCUUGCGGCCACUCCUGUUGGUCAACGUGACGGAGGGGCGACAGCUGCGUCGAGCGUUUCGCAGCAUCCGGAACGCUCUCCCUCAGAUCUUGUACGUCUUCCUGCUCUUCAUCUUCAGCAUCCUCGUCUUCUCUCUGAUGGCGCUCAAACUCUUUAGCAAGCGCGGUUUGAGGACGGUGGACGGAGCGCCGUAUUUCACAAACUACGUGGACGUCGUCUUUGACCUUUACGUGCUCGUCACCACGGCCAACAGCCCCGAUGUCAUGAUGCCGGCAUACAACGCAAGCUCGGCCUUCGCCAUCUUCUUCAUUGUCUACAUCCUGGUCAACACGUACAUCUUCAUGUCCGUCUUCCUGGCCGUCGUCUUCAACAACUACAAGAAGUACCUGAAGGAGGAGGUGCGGCAGCUGGUGCGGGCCAAACGGCACAAGAUGGCAAGGGCCUUUGCUGUGCUGCAGGAGCGGACGGGUGAGGGGGGCGAGCCACGAGUGAGCCGGGCCAGCUGGACCCGUCUGAUCCGAUUGGUCCAGCCCGACAUCAGCCACGCCCACAUCGAGCUGCUCUGGAGCGUCUCAGAUGACAACAACUGCGGCGCCAUCGACAAAACAGCGUUCAUCCAGCUGGCCGACCUGCUAAACAUCGAAGUGAUCACACUCAAGUCCAGGCCACACCCACUUCUAGGCCUGAUACCCGCUCUCUACUUGUCCGCGCCCAGUCGUUUCCUCUGCAGACUGGUUCAGCACAGAGCGUUCGUGAUUACGUACGACGUCAUCAUCCUGGUGAACGCUGUUUUCAUCGGACUGGACGAGGAGAGUCCCGUGAUUGCCAACUCUGAGUGGGUCUUCCUGGCGCUGUACCUGCUGGAGAUCCUGCUCAAACUCUACGUGUGUGAGCCCAGAAGCUUUUUCUCCAGACACAACUUCUGGAACUGCGGGGGGGUACACCAGCCGGCAGAUCCUCGACAUCGUUUUCAUCCUGCGAGUCCUGCGACUCGUCCGCGUGGUGGACAGCAUCAAAAGGUUCCGCACCAUCAUCAACACCCUGAUCCGCAUCGGACCGGCGAUCCUCACCUUUGGCCAGCUCAUUCUGGUAAGAAGUCAUGUGCCGUUCCUUCUACGCUAUCAUUUGUAGUGACAAGGGCUCCCCCUGGCGGCCAGGUGGUGUACUACAUCUUCGCCAUGGUGGGGAUGGAGCUCUUCAAAGGGAAGGUGAAAUUCUACGAGGACGAGAGCAACCCGGCCAAGGCGUACUGCGGGAACCUUCUUCUCAAAGGAAGUGCCUUCGCCCAACUCAACUACUGCAAGAACAACUUCAACAACGUGGUGUCGUCCUUCAUCCUGCUGCUGGAGCUCACUGUGGUCAACCAGUGGCAUGUGCUCAGCAAUGGAUUCGCCACAGUCACCCACGUGUCCGCCAGGAUCUACUUCGUCCUCUUCCACAUCGUGGUUGUCAUCAUCAUCAUCAACAUCUUUGUGGCCUUUGUCUUGGAGGCAUUCUUUGUGGAGUACUCUGUGGACAAGAGUGAUCUGCAGACGUCUCUGGAGAAGAAGAUUGAGGAACUAGAGCUGGGCGUGGCUCAAGAGACAGCAGAGGACAACUUGGUGAACUCCAUGGAGACAUGCGACAACGAGCAGAUGGCUGACCAAACGCAGAGGAGCAAACCAAACCUCAUGUUUAAAAUCGCCUCAAAAAGGUAUCGAACAGUGGACGCCUUGCUGCAGAGACUCUUUGAGGCCGACCUGGAGCAGGAAGACAACGCUGAUGCCGACGCCGACCCUCAAACCAACGGCAACUUCUCCAACCCAACUUUCAGCACCGCUUAGACCACAGUUCCUCGUUGAUAGUUCAGAGUUCGCCCUUGUGGAAAAAAUAAAUGUGACUGCUAAAGCAUGAAAGUAAGGUAUUUUUUUGAUUGACAGCAUCAGAGGCGCUUUUCCUUCCAUCACAGAAAAGUAGGUGGAGUUUCUUCUUCCAUGAAGACUGAAUCCACUGUCCACUUCCUGUUCACAAAUAAACACCUGCUUUUUUUUGUUUUACAUCGGAGCCUGGUUUACUUUUGUCUUUUUAUACAUAUAUAUAUAUACAUUGUAUAUAUACAUAUAUAUACAUACAUA